GGUUGUGUGAAACUGUCGACAUGCAGGAUACAUGGCAAAAGUUGUUUCUUAUUAAAGGAGAAAAAUAUAUGUGAGACUCGCGCUAUGAAAUACGAUUAUUAGUUGACCGCCGGUAACUGUCUCGCCAAAGUAUUGUUUGUAAACCUAGGCAUAAUACGGAAUUUAAGUUUGUAUUGGUUUAUAUGUGCUCAUAUUGUACAAUAGAUUGUGUUGAAGAUUCUGGUGUGGAAUUAAACAAAACAAUCGACCAAAUUUCCGACGUAGCGUUAAAAUGCUCUGACAUUAUUCCAUACACGCGGUUUUUAUGAUUAAGUGAUGUUACAAAAUAACAUAUACACAACUUAUUGCAAAUCAACAAACGAACCUUCUAAACAAAUUUACAUAAAACCUACGCGUUGAAUGGGUGAUACAUUUUAAAGAAACGUAAAUAAGUUAAGAUAGAAAUAGAGCAAGAAUAAGUAUUGACAAAGCCGAAUUAGUGAGAUACAGAAUGGCAAAAGCAUUCGGCUUGUUUCCAAUAAUUGUGUUUUUGUUGACUGAUCCAAUGAAAAUCAACGAAGCGAACGCUGUAAACAUCGGGACCACCACCGAACUCUGUGCAAAAUUUCUUACCGAUAAGAAUCGCAUUUCGCUUAGCACCGCAAAGAAGGAUGCAGUAACCCCUUGCGCAUGCACGGAGUAUGAUAUGGCGCAGGACGCUAUGUUUGAAAUGCGCGGGAAUUGCUUUGAGGAAUGGCAGUUCAACGAUGGCGUGAAGCAAAGAUGCUGUUACAGCCAAAGUGGUAAAUUGCUUACCGGAUAUCCUGACGGUGGGUUUGUUAUAAUGGAUGGAAUGGUAAUUUCAAUUGAUGAAGUCCACAGCGCCUGUUGUCUUGGCAAUAACCAAUCCGUAUGCAUGGCGUAUUACGACAUUUACCCCACGGAUGAUUGCACACGAUACGAGAAACCCUUGCCAGCUCUGUCUUGGGGCGAUCCGGUGAUACAGACAGUUGGCAGCCCGUCCUACAAUUACUCAUUCAACGGUCACGGAGAAUAUGUGUUCCUGAAAUCAAACAAUGGACUAGAAAUUCAGACACGGUUGGAUUACAUGCUUCAAGAUAAUAAUGAUUCAACAAUAUUCACAGCAGUCGUGUUUAAGGUUCAAAACGAGUCCAUCCAGAUCGAAUUUGACCGAUCUACAAAAAGCCUAUCUCUUUACUUUGGCAACGCGACCCUUUGGAAGAAAACGGGCGAAUGCACCUCUUCAGAUCCCAUACAGAUAACUAAAUUCUUUCUCUCAUGUUUGCGACAACCAGCAGUUGGGUUUCGUGUUUUACCUAAAUUGGCAUUGAACAACAUGGCUUUGGAGAUGUCAACGGAGGGAACAUUUAUGAAUAUAAAGGUAACGUCAACCGAAAAACUAAAAGACAUGAAAGGUCUAGCUGGAAAUGUUCUUAAUGGAUCGUAUGUCUCACAAAAUGGCACAAAAUACCCUGAUAAUUCGAGCGAAGCUGACAUGUUUUACUACGGAGAGUCAUGGUCGAUCAGGGGGAUUUGCAAUCAGUCAAAUUUUAUGUAUAAUUUGACUGGAGAAAAUGAUAGAAACUGCAGCUUCUACAACUCUUUUUCAAAGCCUCGAUUCCUUGAAAGUUAUCUUGGCAAUUCAACCCUUUUAUUUUCGGCGUGCCAUAAAUCAAAUUUUACAGCUUUUGAGACAACUUGCUGGAAUACCUGGGAUAAUCAAACAAACAGAGAAUGUAUGCUCACAAUUGCAAGAACGUGCAAUAUUACACUUGGGAAAGCUAUACAUGACGAGGUUGUAAGACAGCGAAACGAAUUACUUAGAAAAUUAAACAAUCCUCCUCACUUUCUGGAGACGAUGCCGAAUUCAACUAAGCUUAUUUAUAGGAACACCACGUUUAGUCUUAAUUUAUCGUCUGAAGCGUCGGAUGAGAAUAUGGGCAGUCUUCGGUUUGAGAUCCAACCAAUGCUGAAUGAAAUGAUACUAACCGAUGGCAUAUUUUUUAAAUGGAAAGUUGGGACUUCUUUAAGAAAGAACAAAAAUAGAACACUUCGGUUUAUUGUAUAUGACGAGUUCAACAACACAGACGACCACGCAGUUCACUUGUUUUAUUGUGGGUGUGAAGAACCAGAGGAUUGCAGAUUCGAAACCAAAGAUGAUGAUACUGCUGAAUGCAGCUGUAAAAAUAAAUAUUGGACAGGGGAUUUCUGUGAAAUCCAAUCGUAUCCCUGCCUAGAAUACAAAUGCUGUAAUCCGGAAAAAUGUAAUAACAACACAUAUGAUGGAAGUCCGUGUGCUUCUUGCCCCGAUGGGUGGUAUGAUCCAAUACCAGGCUUAUCAAUCCAGACAUGUCUUGAUUUAAAUGAAUGCAAUGAUACCAGCACAUAUAAUUGCGACCAUAUAUGUAACAAUUUGGAUGGUUCAUAUAAUUGCUCGUGUUACGAUGGAUACAUUUUGAGCAACGAUAACCAUACAUGCUUAGAUAUUGAUGAGUGUGCCUCUGGCAAAGGUUCUUGCACGAAAUCUAAGGAAACUUGUAUGAACCUGCCUGGCAAUUACACAUGCGUUUGCAACGCGGGAUAUACAAAGAAGAGCCCUGGCGCCGAAUGCACCUCUAUUGAGGGUAAAAUGUACUUUGGAUAUAUCGAAUACGUUCCGCCACAAGCGCCUACGCAAACAAAUGCAACUCUUCAGGCAGGAAUACAGUCUACAUCGAACUUUUUUAGUCAAAAUUUAACCGGAACGGAUAACUUCAUAUCCAUUGAAAUCUACCAGAUAUUUGUGACGGCGACCAAUAUCCAUUUGGAUUUCAUUUUACAUAUGAACUCUAUCCUCCUUUUAACGGAUGUUGAGGAUAAAAUCCUGAAAUCAUUGAAGAACAAAGACAUGAUGCUGGAUUCAACACCUCUGGGGAAAUCCGUAACUGUGAACAUAAAAUCUCCGGAUCAAGGUGGCCUGUGUGAUGUUGUCCCGAAGCGCACGGAUUGUCAUGAACAAAGCACACACUGUGUCAAUAGAGAUAUCACUCAAGAUUACUAUGACUGUGACUGCAACUUUGGUUACCAUAAACCCAGUUCUAGCAAAAGCAAAAUUUGUGAAGACAUAGACGAAUGUCAACUAUUCGAUACGAAUAAAACGAAAAAUGAACGAUGCGUUCAUGGCUUCUCGUGUUACAAUUUGUAUGGGUCCUGGAAUUGUACAUGUCCGGAGGAUAGACUCUGGAUGUCGGUUGGUACACCAGAAUAUCCUGUGUACCGAUGUCAAGGCAACCACAGUUAUUUAGGAAACAUCUCAUUUAUUUGGGACGCACAAGAUGGAGAGAUAAACCAAUCAGUCAUAAAGUCUUUCUUGACGUCACAGAUCACAACAGUUUUUACAAAUAAGUCAUUCGAUCAGAAUCAGACGAUAACCGUUUCCUCCUUGUAUGUUUCGGUUACUAUUUUGGACAACACAUCGCAUUCCAAAUUACCAUAUUUCAAUAUGUAUAUGUUGACCUACGAGUUUCGCAUUCGUAUGGGUGACCCAGUCAGCACUUACCGCCUACAACGAAUCGGAAGUGAACGGUUCAAGAACAACGAAAAAAUAGGAGUCGCCACUUUCCAAAAUAUCACGUUUUUCAAUGAAUCUGACAACGAACUGUGCAGGCGGAGUAAAGAAGGUAACUGCGACAACCGGACAACAGAAUGUAAACAAGAAAAUGGAACAACAUCGUGUGAGUGUAAAAAAGGGUUCCAGCCACAUGCAUACACCAAAUAUUUCUGCGAAGACGUCAAUGAGUGCAAUUCGCAUGAAUACACUUGCUCUGGCGGAGGCACGUGCCAGAACUUGGAAAGCAACUGGACGUGUUCGUGUCCUCCUUAUACGAAACUCCUUAACGUGAGCGAUACCUACAAAGAAUGUUCAGACGAGGCUUAUUACAAUUGUGUAUCCGAGGCUUUUAAAGAAUUCACUUGUUCAAACGGAAACAAGUCAUGCAACAACUCAGUUUGGUCCUGCGAUUGUGCACAUGGCUAUCAUUUGGAAGGUUCAAACCAUUCAUCCACGUGCACGGAUACAGAUGAAUGUGGCAUAGGAAAUCCGUGUGGACAAGGAAACUGCAGCAAUACCUACGGGGGCUAUUCUUGCAAAUGUGAAAGUGGGUUUCUAUUUGAUGAAAUCAAAAAGUCGUGCAUCGAUAUAAACGAAUGCGAUUCAGAAAAAUACAUCUGCCGAAAUGGCGACUGUAGAAACCUCAACGGUAGUUAUGAAUGUACUUGUAAAGCCGGAUUUAGAGAAGAGUACAGAGGUUUCACUGCAACAAUUUGCGUUGAUAUUGACGAAUGUACAAACAAGUCGUACUCAUGCGGCACAAAAGCAACUUGUACAAACUUCGAUGGCUUGUUUACAUGCGAUUGUCCCCAUGGAUAUAAAAAUAAUACAUCUGAUAACAUUAGUUACACUUGUAUAGAUAUUGACGAAUGCAACAAAACCGAAGAUUUUCAAUGUAUCAACGGUUUUUGUAAUAACACUGACGGACACUGGGAUUGUGUGUGCGACGUGUCUAAACGCGCACAUGUCGUCAACGAGAGUUACAUUGAAUGCCGGGACGUAUUCCAGUAUCUGGUUCAAUUCGAAGUACGGAUUCUCUAUGACCCGUACAAGUCAGCUAAAUCUGAAGAGUACAUUCAAUCAAGCCUUAUUAAAAUGCUUUCAGAUAUCGUGAAUGGUUCCAUGAAUGGCAGUGUAUUAUUCCCCGUAGAAAUAAUACCAGAAAGAUACCACUAUUUAGAGGAUAGAAAGGAUACUAUUUCAGUUACCGUCAACGUCAUAACUAUCAAAAGUUACGACGCAGGCUUUUUAAAAAAUAAUUUCGAAGCCAGUCUCAAUAAGUCUGCUCUUUUAACCACGCCAUCUGGGAUUUCAGGAGUUGUGUCAUUAAAGAAAGAAGGAGCUCCCGCUGAUCUGUGUACACUUGGGAUUUUAAAGAAUAAUUGCGAUCCCAACUCUACGAAAUGUAAACAAAACAACGACACUGUUAAAUGCCAGUGUCUAGGAGGGUUUGAAAACCGAACGAAUAUUGAAGGCGUUGUAAAGUGCUAUCAAAGAAAAGACCCAAAAGGUGAUUAUUCGUAUCUUGUUUCGGCCUAUAUUACCACAAACAAUACCAGCAAUAUCAGCAGUUAUGAGUUUGAGAUAGCGGUACAACUGCAGUUAAUGGCAGUAUACUCAAAAAUGUUCCCGGAACAAAACGUCUGGGUGGAAAUACUUUCGAUAAAUGGACCACACAUAACCAGUUUAAGACACAGACGAUCGGAUCCGCCCAAUAAUAUCAAAGUUUCCGUUGAGCACAUUCUUCAUAAAAGCAUACCAGAAAACAAAACAACAUGGGAUUCGAAAGUUGAGACGUUUAAAAAUAUAACAAGAAACCAAACCAGUGAUGCUGGCUUCGAGCCAAUUUCUGCUUUUCCAGAGCUUCCACUAUGCAAUGUUUCUAAGAUGUGCAACACUAGAUCAACUAAAUGCAAUGACGUAUCGGGUCACAUUCAAUGCGAAUGUCUGCCGGAAUUUGUCAAUAACACGUUAGUUAUAGAAAACGGAACCUUGAAUAAGCAUUACGAGUGCUAUAAAGCAGACGAUGAACCGAUAUUUACGUCAGUCCAAACGACGUCACCAACGACGUCAACGUUGUCAACUUCAGUAAUUAGUGCCAGUUAUACAGAUAAUACGCAUUCCAAAUAUAGCGUUAUAAGUGUUACCGAUACUUCACCACCAGCGACAGCGUCGGCAAGUGCAAGUUAUACUCUUAAAACGGAACCAAGUGUACAGACCAUUGGAGGCCAGACAUCCACAUCUUCUGCCGGGGCAACACAUUCAACAACAACCGAGAUAGACGUCGAUGUUAAAAAUAACGACAACUCCAACGCAUCUAGCCACACCGCUUUAAUUGCAACAGGCGCAAGUCUUGGCAGCGUCGUCCUCAUAUUGGCGAUCGUCGUGAUUGUUGUGUGCAGGUUACGGAGUAAGAAGGCACAAGAUACAGAACGGAUAAAACUGAGGGAGCUAGAGAAGGAGCGCAGGAACGGUUUCGAUAACUCUCUGUUGGGCAGGAACUACCUUCGCUCGGAUUCAAAGCAGAACUCCAUGAAUGAUUUAAGAGAACCAGACCGGGAAACAGACCGUGACGAUAGGCGGAAUUCCUACUAUGGUGGCCCAUUCAAGCCGAUCGAACCAACUCACACAAGACCGUUCAAAUCGGCCGAACCCGAGCCGAUCUGGGACCGUAACGGCCAUGUGCCAGGUUUAAAAGGUCGCACUGGCUCCCUGCCUGAUAUAAACGGCCAUGUAGACAUGAGAAUGGCACCGGAAACCAGGAGAAUGUCGCAGCCGAGAAAUUCCGAUCCGCUUUACUCGUCUCCGAGAAAGGAUAAAGAUCCGACACCAACGCAGAAACCCGUUGAUAAUUACAGACAAAACAUGGUUCGAGUGUUUCCUGAAUCUGGUGAGCGAUUGCCGAGAGUAAAAACCAAUCAAUUCCCGCGAAAAAAUGCAAACGGACGGAUUUCUUCGGAACCCGAUUACUGUGACGACCCGCCACUGUCACCAAAGCCUGAUUAUAAUGGAAGACCACGUGACCGUGCGGAUGCAUCACGCGACAGUGGUUUGAAUGGCUUUUCGCGCAGCAGCGGAAGUCCAGAAGUUCAAAGGUCACGUGAGAGCUUUGGUUACGGAAGUUUAGGGCGUGGUCGAUACCGCAUGGAAGAUACACCUUUUUGAGCAUGUAUUCAUCACAUGACGUCAACCCACUUGAACAUGUUUAUUUUUUAUCAUUAUUUUCCGUUUUGAAGAAACAUACACUUUGCCGUAUAUAAAGGGACUCUUAAGUUAGUAUCUUCUGCUUAUGCAACUGGUGUUUCACUUUGUUUAUAUAAGAAAGCUUUCAGUGGACAAGUAUCAAAGCAAUGAAAGCAAUCAAUACGGACAGGACGCUGAAAGUCCAAACAUCUUUAACGGUACAUCUAGUUUUAAACCAAAAAGCUACGCUGCUGGAGAGUCCUUAUUAGAUACUAGUUUUCUUCGUUGAAAUGGGUAAUUAGCGUUUUCCAAUUAUAUAAAACAUGUAUAUCUUAACCUUAUCAUUAGCAUUAGUAGUAUUACCAUUUUGAACGGAUAAGGGCUUCAUCAGGUUUAAUGUUUGCGGUUCAUAUACCUUUUCUAGGAUUACGUGAUAUGAAUGUAAUCAUUUACAAAAGAGACACUGUUACAUACCGUCUGCCCAUUAAAUCACGGAGGUCAUCGAAAGAGUUAUCAAUAUAACAUAACAUUACGUUUGAGUAAAUGGAAAGUGUGUGCAGUCUACUGAGCAAAGACUCGAAACGAAUACAAUGAAUUAUAAAUGAUACAAGUCGAUAAAUCCGCACUUAAACAUUUUGUAAUUUAAUUUAUAUAUAAUCAACAAAUGCGUUAAAAUAUUACCAUUGCUGACAGGUCAGUUAUACAUUUUGUUGAAAUUAUUUCGUAAUUGUCACUUUUGCCUGAAAAGUCAAUUAAUAUUUGUUUAUGAUUCAUGCAAUAACGACAUUAUAGUGUACUUUGGAUUGUUUUACCAUUGUUUGGGGGUAUUAUCGAAUAAUCUUCUGCUAACAAACCCAAUAAUAAGUGUACAAUAUAUUAGAUAGAGUUAAACUAAUUUAAAUGUUAAAGUUAUUAAAUGGACUGACACAUUUUGCAUAUUUAUGAAAUGACACAGAUGAUGUAAAUACAAUUAUUCUUGCAAAAGAGUUAUACUAAGUGAAAAUACAAUCAUUGACAAGAGGAUUUACUACUAACGCAGCAUCAGUUAUUGCAUUCUUACCACAACUAUAAAAGCCAGAUGCGGAUCCAGGAUUUCUGGUUAGGGGGGCGGGAUAUUGAAAGAUUUGCUGGGGGCCCCUGGUGGGUGCAGGGCAAAGGUCUGCUAGGCGGUACAGGGGGGGGGGGGCGAAGAUCCCCGGAAGCUCCAUGAUUAAAGUGAUUUUGAAGGCUUUGACAACCUUUUCUCGAAAAUGCAGCGAAAAGAGAAUCAAUGUGCAAAUAGAGGGAUACAUCAGAAUCGCAAAGUUCUUGAAAACCCGGGCAACAGAAAGUCUAAAAUUAAGACAUUAAGCGAUUGUUUGUGAUCAGUGGAAAAUGUUGUGUACGAAAAAGAAGAAAAAUGUUUGAGCAGGUGGUUUACAUCAAUUUAAGUGUGAAACAUAAAAUAAAUUGACUUUAAUUUGAAUAUUUUAGGGGGGGGGGGGCGCCGCGUCCGCCCUCCUUGGAUCCGCCUAUGAAAGCCAUCGUUAAAUCAUUACACUUUGGUUUUCUUUGUUUUUAACGUUGAUUUGUACAAUAGUAUCACAGUAGUUAGUUUUAUGCUUUAUUAGCUAUAUGUAUAUAUUCUGGACUGCUUUCAUAGAGGGACGUGUUAACAUAUUUCCGUUAUUUUGAAAAAUCUCAUUUAAUUGUGUUUACUAUAUGUAAUAGUUCAAAAUAAUGUUGCUUUUUGCGAUUUGAAGUUUUAUAUGGAAAUAUCAGUGAUUUGAAAAAAUAAUGCACUGCUUCAACCGGAAAUUAAAAGUGAACAUUAUCCAUAAUUUACUGUGAAAGGACGACCUUUUUUGGACGUCAUUAAUUAUACGGAUCUCUCCAGUUUCCUCUACUGAAUGUUAAUAAACGGCAAACGACAUUAAAUAAACAAUUUAUGAGUGCGUUCAUUUUGGUGGAACGUCGAUUUGAAUUCACUCGUGAUCAAAAAAUUAUGGCGUGGCAGAAAGAUUAUUUUCUUUGAUCACUCAUGCAUUAAAAUCGAUAAUCUGCCGAUAUACAAAUAUAUAUAUAAGAGCAGAACAACUUACAUUCACCAUGAUUCGAACUAAAGACCUUUGGAGGCAAACGCUAACUUUUUAACACUGGAUCACUCAGGCCUUUGAUACCAACAGACAAUUUAAACGCUUGUAAGUAAUGCGUUUAUUUGUGAACUUAUCAACGAAACGCAUUAUAUAAGCUUUUUUCAAAUUUCAAUUAAUGAUUAUCAAAAUCGAUCGAUGUUAUUUACAAUUAUCGGAUUGUAUACUGUUAUCGUGCUUGUAUGAAUAUAUUGCUAACAUUCAUUGAUUAAUCUAUUAGUUUUAAUUUGAAAAUUAUCACGUUGCAAAAUUGUGAACAAGUCCCUUUAAUAUAGUAUUCGUACCAACUACACUGCAUAUCCCAGUAGAAAUGUACGUCGUAGUGUGUGCAUAUACUGUGUUUUAUUUUGUCAUAUUUGAUGUGUAUAUUAAUGUUAACCUCAACUGUAUAACUCCAUUUAACACUCGCAAUUGUUUGCAUUGAGUUGCUGAUUCAGCGACAGUCACUCCUACUUUGUAUAUUUAUAAUUGGCUAUGUUUUCAAUGACGUUGAAUGCUGGGCAUUAAUAGCAUACUACAAUUUAAUGUCGUAUAAGUCUGUUGUCCGAAGUGUAUUUCGCUUCAUGAUCAUUAAAAUAUUGGUUUAAAAUUUGUUGCUGUUAAUAUAGCAAUCAUGUUUUCGAUAAUGGAUAGAACCAAUCUAAGUAACCACUUUAACAAUAUGUUUCACAAGUGUGUUUAAUAAAUAAACUAAAUGCUGACAUUAAACUGUUCUGCGCUGUA